GCCAGCGGGGCAGUCCGCCCGUCGAGACGCGCGAGUGCACAUGGGCCAGGCGAUCGAGAAGCGCGAGCGCGAGGCGGCGAAGUUGGCGGGAGAGGCGCUGCCGCAGCCGGCGUGGACGCCGCCGCCCGAGCAGGCCCGAGCGCCGCCGAAGAUGGUGGUGGAGACGACGGGGCCCGAGGACGAGCCGGCGCCGCACUACAGCCCCUCGGUGCGCGGCUGCGACGUGGAGCGGUCCGCCUCGGCGUCGUGCGGCUUCCACCUGUCGCGCACGCAGUGGGACCCGUACCCGUGGGUGAGCGGCGUGGAGGCGGGCUCGGCGGCCGAGGCGGCGGGGCUGCUGUCGGGCGACUGCGUGCUCGAGGUCAACGGCGAGGACGUGCUGGGCCUCAAGAUCUGCGACGUGGCGGAGAAGGUCAAGGCGCGCGCCGACCGCGUCUCGCUGCUGCUCUGGAACUCGGGCUCCGACCCCAACUGCGACCCGGAGUCGCUGUGCUGCGGGCCCAUGACGACCAGCCUGCAGCGGCUGACGACGAGCGUGUCGGCCAUCCUGGCGGCGCUCGAGUGCCCCGUGUGCCUGGACACCAUCCCGCCGCCCGCGCACCAGUGCUGCAACGGCCACCUGAUCUGCGUGCGGUGCCGCGCGCGCGCCGAGCGCUGCCCCGUGUGUCGCGUGCGCUUCAGCCGCGGCCGCAGCCUGCUCGCCGACCGCGUCUUCAGCUCGCUCACCGACGCGUUCGGCGUGGCCGCCGCCCCCGAGCUGCGCCGCAAGCUGUGCCUCAGGCCCCAGGAGCCGCGCGAGGCCAAGGCCGCCGCCCCCAGGAACAAGUUCCUGGCGCGAGUCCUCGGCAAGUCCUGCUCCGUGGAGAACCUGUCGCCGCGGCGGCAGGGCCUGCUCGCGCCGCACCGCGACGACGAGGACUUCGCCGGCCUCAAGGCCAAGUCGCUGUCGACGGGCGAGAUCUUCCGGCCGCACAGCCCGGCGCCCGUGUCGCGCUGGACGUCGGCGAGCUCGACGCAGCUGAGCGCCUCGGGCGCGGCCUCGUGCGAGUCCCUGGAGGACUGCGGCGACGACCCGCCGUGCUUCUGCCCCAGCGACGCGGCCUGCCGGGUGGCGGUGCGCGCCUCGCGCGUGCUGCAGCACGUGCGCGAGUGCCACGACGGGCCCCUGGUGCAGUACUUCAGGCCGCGCGCGUGCCUGGCGCUGCCGUCGCCCCUGGAGGACACGGCGCUCGUCAGCCUCGCCGACGGCAGCCGCGCCUUCUUCCUGAAGGUGGCGCAGCCGGCGGCGGCGCACGGCGACACGCUGGUCUGGCUGUGGUUCGUGGGGUCGGCGCGCGGGGCCGCGGCGCACAGUCUGCACGUGACCUUGCGCGGGCACGGCGCGCGCGGCAAGCUGCUGCACUUCCGCGCCGACGCGCUGUCGCUCGCCGCCGACUCGUGGGCCGACGUGGCGGCGUCGCAGCGCGGCGUCGUGCGGCUGCCGGCGCGCGCGCUCAUCGACAGCUUCGCCACGGAGCUGGAGACCGGCAUCGCCAUCGCCAUGGACGUGGAGGUGAAGGUGGCCGGCGACCCGUGAGCGGCUGCCGACUGGACCGUCAUCUUCGGCUUCUGGACAUGUUUGGACAUGCCUGACGUGUGAAUACUACUUGCAGAUAUUUCCUACGCCGUUUAACCACUUUCAAAUCAGAUUUAUACGUCAUUAAAAUUUACAUAUAAAAAAAUAAUAUUGUAAUCUGCCCAACAAUAAACUAACGUAUCUUUAACUAAAUACUUUAUCAAAUUUUCUACUUUUCACAUCUCUAUCGUUUUCAUAACUUUAUACAUUUAAUUUAUGGCUGACCUGUAAUAAUGUUUUAUGACUUUGUAGAAAGAACGUUAGUUGUCACCUGGGUGGUGUCUCAACCAGUGGCGUAGCCAGGAUUUGCAUAUGGGGGGUGUUAAGAAGCAUGGCCCCCCACCCCCGUAUUAAAGCGGGGGGUCCGGGGGUCCUCCCCCGGGAAAAUUUGGAUUUUAAGGUGUAAAAUAGUGCUAUUUUAGCAGUUUUCGGUACUUAAAUUUAAAUAUUGUAAUGGUAAAAAUUUUAUUAAUUUUAAUAUGAAAUUUGUUUGAGUGAUGAAUAAGAAAUUAAUUAAAGAUUUGGUGCUAAGGGGGGGGGGGGUUCGAACCCCUAAAACCCCCCCCUGGCUACGCCCCUGGUCUCAACUAUUUUCUCAGCUACUAUGCAUGAGCUCUAUGCCUUUAGUUUUUAUCAUAAUGGCGUUUAACUCGCAUGAUGGACGGUGAAGAAAGUGGCAAUGAUCCAGUACAAAAACACUGUUUUCAUUAUUUUUUAUAAUAUUAUUUUUUGUUGUACUAGUAUUUGUAAAGAAAGUCGUAAAAUUAAACAAAGAUGUAUACGUAGGUCUGUGAUACCAUGUUAAGUAAAACAUGAAUAUAUAAUGUAUGUAUACGAUUUAUAUCAAUUUAACAGAUAGUCCAAUUUUUUUAUAAGCUGUAAUUUAAUUAUAUAAUUAAUAUUUUACCAGAUAUAAAACAAUUCAAUUUUUUUUGCCAACAAUUUUUUUGAUGUUGUUUCAUAAUUAAUAACACUAUGAAAUUUUGCUCAUGUUUUUGUUAUUCAUUAUAUGUA